GGGAGGCGGGCGCAGUCGUCCCAAGGGUGGAGAGGGGGGACGGCGAAGGACGCGCGUUCCCGGGCUCGUGACCGCCGGGGCCAGAGGAGCCGGCGCGCAGACAGUCUCGGAGAUGGCAGGCGGCGGGGACCGGCGCGUCAUGGACACCCUCCACCUGCUGCUGCUGGUGGCCGCCCUGCCCCUGGCGGCCCGGGGGCUCAGACACCGAGGCUCGUUGGACUGGAUCCAGGAGAAGUAUUAUCACCAACCAGCCAUUUUGAACUCAUCGUCUCUUCGACAAGUUGCAGAAGGCACCAAUAUUUCUGAAAUGUGGGAAAACGACUUACAGCCAUUGCUGAUAGAGCGCUAUCCCGGAUCCCCUGGAAGCUAUGCUGCUCGCCAGCACAUCAUGGAGAGAAUUCAGAGACUUCAAGCUGACUGGGUCUUGGAAGUAGACACCUUCUUGAGCCAGACACCCUAUGGGUACCGGUCUUUCUCAAAUAUCAUCAGCACCCUCAAUCCCAGUGCUAAGCGACACCUGGUCCUCGCCUGUCACUACGACUCCAAGUAUUUUCACCCUUGGGACAACCAGGUGUUUGUGGGAGCCACUGAUUCAGCCGUGCCAUGCGCAAUGAUGCUGGAACUUGCACGUGCCUUAGACAAGCAACUCCUUUCCUUGGAGAAUAUUCCAGACUCCAAGCCAGAUCUCUCAUUGCAGCUAAUUUUCUUUGAUGGGGAAGAGGCUUUACUUCAUUGGUCUCUUCGUGAUUCUCUGUAUGGGUCUCGGCACUUAGCUCCCAAGAUGGCAUCGACCCCGCACCCACCUGGAGCGAAAGACACCAACCAACUGCACGGCAUGGAUUUAUUGGUCUUAUUGGAUUUAAUUGGAGCUCCCAACCCAACAUUUCUCAAUUUUUUCCCCAAAUCUGCCAGAUGGUUUGAUAGACUUGAAGCAAUUGAACACGAACUCCACAGAUUAGGUUUGCUCAAGGAUCACUCUUCGGAGAGGUGGUAUUUCCAGAAUUAUGGUUAUGGAGGUGUGAUUCAGGAUGACCAUAUUCCAUUUUUAAGAAGAGGUGUUCCAGUUUUGCAUCUGAUCCCAUUUCCUUUCCCUGAAGUCUGGCACACCAUGGAUGACAACGAAGAAAAUUUGGAUGAAACAGCCAUUAACAAUCUAAACAAAAUCCUACAAGUCUUUGUGUUAGAGUACCUUCAUUUGUAAUAUUCUGUCUUAGUUUAUGGUAAUUGUAUCUAGUUUCACAUUCAGAUGUCAAGGCACAACUUAAAAUAAUCUCACUCCAGACAAAUGUCAUGUGGAACUUCCAUCCUAUAGAUUCAUUCUGUAGGUGUCUUUGAAUAUGUGAUCAAUAAAUCCCUAGAUUUACAUCA